AUUCCUAACAUUUUCGAAAUCUUUUCGCGUCGUUCGAAAAAGUUCAUUUCUCAAUUUUUUGCUGACUGUGAGAAGAUGACUGCAGUUUUUCGUUCGAUGUCCGUAACAAUGCAAGCAAACUACGACUUUCCGACAAUUGUCAACCACAGCCGGGCAGUUCAGGUCCUGUGCACAAUCUUCCAAAUGGUCUUGAUCUACACCGAAUCGGCGGCCCUAUCAUUUCUCACAUUCAUCUGCUACUCGUUGCUCGUCGGCAUGCACAUGCUCCAUUUGGCUCGUAGAUGGUAUUACAAUAUUGACGGGCGGUACGAUGUUCGUCAGAUCAUCAGAGAUAACGAGAUCACGCUCAAACUUCAAUACGCUGUUGCCAUCUUCUCCCCACUGCUCCUCGGCUUCUUGUCCUGGACCUUCGUCGAGCUCAACAACGGACUCGUCCACUCGCUUUUCCAUCUUUCCGUCAUAACUCAGGUUGCCUUGGCCGUCGGACAACUUGGGCUCGAGUUCUACGAAGUGUGCAUCGCCAACAAGAGCAAAUAAAUUUUUGCUGAUAUUCUUUUUCUAUUUAAUAGCGUAUGAUAAACAAUUUUAGAGG